AUGGAAUUGGUGUGGGUGGAGCACGAAUACCAGUACGAAGCCAAGGACGGGCGCCUGGUGUCCAUUAGGCCGCGCGAGAGCUACAUCCUGGUGGCCAAGACCAACGAGCACUGGUGGCACGUGCGCAGGGACCGACACAGCCGGCCCUUCUACGUCCCUGCCCGCUACGUCAGGGAGCUCUCAGCGGAUGACCGGUCCGGAACGCAGGAGAUGAGCGGGAAAACGCCAACGCGCACGCGCCCGGAGGCCCCCAGAGAGACCCACCGCUUCUCCACCUUCGGUCUGUGCCACGACGCAGUGGCCGAAAAGCCGUCGGAGCCUCCGGGGGACACGCCGGACGCCAAAGGGACCAACUUGACCCCGCUGACCCCGUCCAACGAGGCCCUCCAGCUGUACGCCAAACCCCACCCGGCGCCAAAGGCCAGAAAAGACCAGCGGCGGCCAAAAAGCCCCGAGCCAGAAGCCGAGGCUCGCCUGGAUGAUGAGGAGGACGAGUUCCCCUUACCCCCUCCUCCCAUUUACGACCUGAUUCCAGAGAUCAGCAUCACCGAAUUUGACGCUUUUCCCGAUCUGCCUGAUUUUGUCUGCCCCCCUCCUGAACCAGCAUCGAGUUUAAAUCACACAGAAGAAGCGGCUCCUCCUACGGACGAGCAGUCUAGACAGACGGACAUGAACAUGGUGGACAUGUACUCCAGGGUCUGGACAGGUCAGCAGGCCCCGCGGGGGCUGAUUCUGCCCGCGGCCGCUCAGGUACAGAAUGACAGUCUUGGGGCCGCAGUGUAUGUCAACGUAGCACAGCUUCGCCGAAGCAUCUCAGAGUCUCCCCCGUCUGCCCCUUCGCCCACUUUCCUCGACUCGGAAGAAUGGGAGGUGCACGUUGACCAGGACAGUGGACAGGAGUACUACUACCACCCCGCCACGGGGCGCACCACCUGGGACAACCCCUUUUUGAACUCCCCCGCCGGCUCGGAGCAGCUCCCCGCCGAGGAGCCCUACUCCUUCACGCCCCCCCAGUCUCCUGUGCUGUCCCCGUCCGCCUCCUCCCCCCCUGGGUGGGCCUCAGACUGGGAACAGUUGGUGGAUGAGACCAGUGGUCGCCCCUACUUCUACAACCCGAUGUCCGGGGAGACGUCCUGGGAGCCUCCGGAGCAGCAGAGCCCGUACCCCCCCCUGAUCGAGCCCAUGAGUGUGCACAGGUUCCACCAGGACGUGCCGCCUCCGUUGCCAGAGGAGGACUAUCCCCCUGAGGAUUACCCAGCUGCCCAUCAGCCGGAGGCCCACGAGGAGCCCCAGGCCGCUGGACCUCCCACGCUCCCGAAAGAGUUCACCCUCAGCCACGUGAGCCGGACCUUCAUUCCUCGGGCCACUCUCGACCGCAGCACCCCACCCGGAUGGAACCUCACCGUGGAACCCAACGGGACCUGGGUGUUCACCAGUGAACACUCCCCAGAUCAGUGGAUCAAGUCGGUGGAUGAACGGGGGAAGACUUAUUACUACCUGAGAGACGGCUCCAGAUCUAUGUGGAACCUGCCUGAGGCCCCCGGAGCUUACAGCCAGUCCAGAGUGGAGAAUGGAGUCGAGGCAGAUAAUGUGUCAAUUAUCAAAAACUGGAGGCACACCAUGGGGCCCGUUCAGUUCAGCUCCGCCCAAGAUGACGGGAGGUUUGUCCCCACUCACAGGAGAAAUACGUCAGACUACAGCAGUGACAGCUCCAGCACAGGAAAUUCUCCCGAGACGCAGCAUAACGCCGUGGGGUUUAGACCCUGGAGGAACCCCUAUUAUCUGACCUCCAGGUGGCUGCGCUAUAACGUGCAGAAUUUGGAGAAAGCUGGAAUCCUCAACAAAACAAAAGUGUGUGAGAAUGGAAAGAAAGUGAGGAAAAACUGGACUCAGACAUGGACGGUGCUGCAUGGGGGAAUGCUGACGUUCCACAAAGACCCAAAGUCUGCCGCAACAGGUGCCGCGAACAAGACCAAUCAGAUAGUUCCAGAGUUCACGGUGGAUCUUAAAGGAGCGAUGAUUGGCUGGGCCUCGAAGGACAAAUCCAGCAAAAAGAAUGUUUUAGAGCUAAAGGGAAGGAACGGUGUGGAGUUUCUGAUACAGUAUGACACGGAAAGCAUCAUCAGUGACUGGCACAAAGUCUUAAUGGACACCAUACGGCAGCUUGAAUACCAGGACCAUCAUUCAGAGGAGGAAGAGGGAAACCUUUAUGAAAAAAUCGGCAACUCGGAGCGGGAAGAGAAACCAGUAGACGGCAUUGACAAGCGAAAACCUUCAAGACCGAGUGUCGCGCCAAGUCUCAGCUCUGCAGGAGAAACGGACCCGAAGAAGGUUCGAACCAAGCUGAUGAAGUUCCUCCUGAAGCGGCCCACGCUGCAGUCAGUCAAAGAAAAAGGCUACAUUAGAGAAAAUGUGUUUGGCUGUCAUCUAGCCACGCUAUGUGCACAAGAAAAGACCACAGUGCCCAGUUUUGUGGAGAAAUGUGUGAAAGCAGUGGAGAGGAGAGGCUUGGACAUUGAUGGCCUGUACAGGGUCAGCGGGAACCUGGCUGUCAUACAGAAGCUACGCUUCAAGGCCGACCACGAGGAGCUGGACCUGGAGGACGGUCAGUGGGAAGACGUCCACGUUAUCACUGGAGCUCUGAAGUUGUUUUUCCGAGAGCUUCCUGAGCCUCUUUUCCCCUUCAGCCACUUCAAUAAGUUCAUCUCAGCCAUCAGAAUUCCUGAUUACAAAUUAAAGCUGUCCUGUGUUUAUGAGCUGGUCCAAUCACUUCCAGCUCCAAACCACGACACUAUGGAGCUGCUUUUUGGGCAUCUACACAGGGUCAUUCAGUGUGGGGAGGACAAUCGCAUGACUGUACAGAACGUGGCCAUAGUGUUUGGCCCCACGCUGCUCCGGCCAGAGAUGGAGUCAGCGAACAUCACCAUGCACAUGGUCUUCCAGAACCAGAUAGUGGAGUUCAUCCUUAACGAAUACGAGCGCAUCUUCCACCUCAGCUAAGGCUGCCUCCAGCGUGGACCUGAGCGAACAUACGAACACGCUGUAGUUAUUUAAAGUGCUCCAUUUACUUUUGCGGGCACAUCAGCAGCUUCAGUGCAGCGUCUAAAAUGAAGCUCGUCUCAUAGGAAUCAGUUAAAGUGGCCUUCAAGUUUAACGAGACUAGAUAAGGGAUCUUCCGGUUGUCUUUGCUGAGAAUCUUCAACGCAUGUUUAACCACUAUCUUGUAUUUUCGCUUUAGGAGGCUCACGCUGUUAAAAUGUUGUUUGACAGUAUUGUACGAUUGUCGAGCCACUCAAGUGAAGACUGAUGUGGUCUGGUUAUGUGUGUCUUUGCUGAGCUGAGCUUGUUUCUUGGGUGAAAGGACUGCUUCAUAUUGUUUUUAUUCUUGGAGACAUUAGCUGUUUAUUCCUCUGCUCGUUGAUAUUUAAUUUUGUUUAAUUUCUCCAAAUUUCUGUGACAGUAGAGGUCAAACCUGAAUGAAUGCAUUAAUGCUGUUUUAAACAAAUGAUGAGUGAUUGCUCUUUAACUUUAUCUCAAAGCAUGGAAAGACUUAAUUGUUUCUUUGAAUUUGCACCAUAUCACUUAUUAAGUAAUUGAGAUUAAUUUCUAAUAUUGUAUUUUUUUCAUUCUCUGUCUCCCUUUUACCCACAUUUUUUGUUGUAAUAUAGAAUUGUGUAAUAUAAGAAUAUUAAUACCGACAUCUGACUCUGGAUUAGAUAAUGAGAUGGUAGAGUACUUGUGCAGUCUGUAGAUAUUUUUCUUAGAGUUCUAAAAUACAUUUUUCAAUCAUUCUGUAGCAGAAGGGGCUAUAAUAAAAGUAGAAUUAUGAACAAGCAAUUCUCUCUUUUUGUGACAGUUGAAAAUGAGAUUAACCUGACAAUAUACCAGAGGUGGAUGUUACAAUAAAUGUAUGAACUGUAAAUAGUAAUGGAUGGCAUAUUUAUGCUGAAAGUUGGUGGAAAUGCACAAAAUCUUCCUUAAUAAAAUAACUUUGUUAAA